AGUCUGCAGAAUUCGAAUUAUCAGGCGCUACAACCGCUUUACGGUCCUGGUCUGCUGCAAUAAUCCUUGCCACCGCUCAUCUACCUAUCCAUUACUCUGGUUGUUCUGCUGGACGCAUCAACGCUGUCAUCGCCAUCUCAAUUAGGGGAUACCGCUCCACUCGGUCCAUGCGCAAGGGAUUCAAAGGACUUUACGGGCUGGGUAGUCCGGUGUCAUUAUCAUUGCAUGACCAGCUCACCGGAGCCUAGCAAGUCUAAUUCGCUACGCAUUGGUGAAAUAGCUCGUAGAGCUCGCCGUUGUAUAGACUCCUCCAUUGUCCUUUCACACAUGAGGGUGUCUUCAGUUUGGACAGAAUCCAUGCCUCCGAGGUGUAUAUCAGCACUGGGACUAUACUAUACAGUCCACCAACGCGUCUGUCGGCAGGAGUGCCACGUCAAAACUCGAUGAUCAUCCAAAACUCUUACUAAUUGCAUGACUCACUAUCGGAGUUAAUUACCUUAAAAAUCAUAAAACAAAUUAUUUCAACUUCAACAUUCGGUGAACAACAACAACAAUCAUUUUCACUGCGAAUAGCAGAGUGUUCAGUAUUCUCUAGCCGAUUACUCCACUAUGGUCACGUUUUCUACUCAACAAAGAAACAUCAUACUGGUCUGCAUCAUAGUGCAAUGUGCCGCUCAGUACAUCAAGACCGUAAGAAAAAGUAGCGUCACGCACAACCUGCGCAUUACCAAGAUGCAGUGCGUGGAUGUAUCGUCGUACAAGCUUACCACCCUGAACCACUGUCAAAUGGAGCAGCUCCAGAAUGGUACGAUUGGGCUGAAUGUUUCCAUCACCGUGCCAAUGGUGCUUAACUACAUCGAAAUUAAGGUAAAGUUGUUCUACAAGUACACCACCUACCGGCCGUUCAUGAUCGACUGGAGCAUCGAGCUGUGCCAGACGUAUCGUGCCGGGCGAUUUAAUCCUUCCGCUGCCUUGGUGCUGAAAGUCAUCGAGGAAAGCAUACCGCAGUACUACUAUCCCUGUCCGCAUGGCAAUCAAACAUACUCAGCCGUGUGGUUGCUGGACCCGAAGUUUAUCCCCGAAACACUUCCCUCGGGCGACUAUCGUCUGGACAUCUUCUUCCGUGAGACGACAAAUAUGGUAUUGUUUGGAAUGCAAGUGUUCGGUGCAAUUCGUAAGCAUGGUUUAGUCGGUUGAGAAAUAUAUG